AUGGAUACCUCUCCUGGGGCCAAGGCUAAAGCGUCAAAAAGCUCCGGCUCGAGCCAGAGAAAUAAUUAUCCCAGCGAAUGGACGGACGAGAUGAAAGCGGCCCUGGAGAUCAAGCUUGAACCGCGACGGACGCCGUCCGAGACUAGUAUGCAGCCGAGCUACACUUCCCAUCACUCGUCGUCACGCUCCCAACCCGAUGAGCGGGAGGAGGCGAACGAAUCACUUCACAGCGAAGACCUGAUGGGCAGCUCCUCGCGCCACUCAGCGGACCAGUUAGCCACCAGUCGGACGAGCAGCAUCAGCACCAUCGGCAGUGCCCAUCUGCCGACGACAGACCCCCAGACGUCUGACUACACCACAGAGAGCAGCUACCGAACCGAGUCGGAGGACGACUCCAGUCUGGACAGCGACUCUUAUGGCAGUGCCCAGACUAGCUUCGGACGAGCACCCACCAAUUUCCUACGCGAAAUCCAUGUGGCAAUCGACCCGACAGCCACUGCGGCACAGGUCGAAUCGGUACGCCGGGAUCUGCGCCAACUUCUGGCAUGCGAGAUGGGUAUGAUCCGUCACUCGGCGGCUAGAGGCAGUGGAGAAGUCAUCUAUCUAAUCGCCUACCACUACAUGUAGGACAUAUGUACAUAUAGGCCGCGACUUUCUCGAGUCGAGUUUCAAUAGACAUUCCAAAUUCCCAAUGCCA